AUGUCAUUCUUACGGCGACACUCUCCACGCGACGACUCCAUCAAUGACGAGGACGACGGCGUUGAUCCAGAGUUGCGCCUGCGUACCGUGCGCACGGCGGCGUCGACCCUCGCAGAGUACGCGCGACAGGAGGAGCGGACUGAGCGGAGGAAGAUAUCUCUGAGGGGGAAGCAGUUCUUCCACAGAAGGUCGCAGAAGAAGAAGCCCCCCGCACCACCGGCUGGUCCAACUGGAGGCGUGGCAGGACCACGGAGGAAGAUUUAUGUGAAUACACCCUUGCCUAGAGAGGAUCUGGACAGUAGAGGCGAGCCACUAGUACGCUAUAAGAGAAAUAAAGUCCGGACGAGCAGAUACACUAUCCUCACGUUCAUUCCCAAGAACCUCUACGAGCAAUUCCGCAGAGUGGCUAAUAUCUACUUCCUAGGACUUGCUAUUGCGCAAGUGUUUUCUAUCUUUGGUGCGACUACACCCCAAUUGGCCGCCUUGCCGCUGCUGUUCAUUUUGUCGAUCACUGCGCUGAAGGAUGGGAUCGAAGACUACCGUCGCGCACAACUGGACGAGGAGGUCAACACGUCAGCGUCGACGAAACUGGGACAAUGGCAUAACGUCAAUCAACCGGCUGAUCCACGCUCAUGGUUCGAACGAUUGCUACGCCUCAACCCCCCAGGUCGAGUGACAAAAGGUGUGCGGAAACUUCGGGAACGAGAGGCGCAGGAGGGUAUGGAUAUUGUGCUGAGUAAAGGCCUCGGAGGGAACUUGUUCAGUCUACGCGCGGCGAAUGACCCGAACUUAUCCUUGUCCUCACUCCCGCCGGCGCCCCCCCGGAGGUUCGACAACACAAGCAGUAGACCACAGAUGGGUAGCUUGGACUACCACAGCUAUCCGCCCAAGGCUGGCAUGGAGACCUCCGGGAGCAUCGGAAGCAGUCAUCGACAGGUACUUGGGUCAUGGGCCGGAGGAUCUGGGACACUCGCCGGCUACCAGGAGUCCGUGCGCUCGCAGUCAACCGUUGGGGUGGUCAAUGAUGGGCAGCGGAUGACAGGACUGGCGCGGUGGGAGCGAACGCUGUGGAAGAAGCUCGAGGUAGGCGACAUUGUGCUGCUGCGUGAGAACGAACAGAUUCCUGCGGACGUCAUCGUUCUGUCAACGUCGGACCUGGACAACAUGUGCUAUGUCGAGACGAAGAAUCUAGACGGCGAGACCAACCUCAAACAACGCAAGUCCGUACGCGCUACUUCGGGCAUCAUCUGUGAGGAGGACAUCGAGCGCUCAUCAUUCGUGUUGGAUUCGGAACCCCCACAUCAGAACCUCUAUUCUUAUCAUGGAGUUCUGCAAUACAGAGUCGCGGAGACUGGUGAGCUCAAGCAGGAAUCUAUCUCCAUCAAUGAGAUGUUACUCCGUGGUUGCACGCUUCGCAACACAGCUUGGAUAGUAGGCCUGGUUGUCUUCACUGGUUCGGACACCAAGAUUAUGCUGAAUGGCGGUGCUACGCCUUCAAAGCGGUCCAAGAUUGAGAAGGAAACCAACUUCAAUGUUCUCGUCAAUUUCGUCUUCCUUGGAGCAAUGUGUCUGAUUUCCGCCAUCGCUAACGGAUUGUAUGAUAUCAAAAGUGGGACAAGUGCAGACUAUUUCGAAAUAGAUUCAAACCCCUCAUCGUCACCGGUCGUCAAUGCGGUGGUUACGUUUGUCUCGUGUUUGAUCGCCUUCCAGAACAUCGUGCCGAUCUCGUUGUAUAUCUCCAUUGAGAUUGUCAAAACGAUCCAAGCAUUCUUCAUAUCUCAGGACGUGGAUAUGUUCUACAAGCCCCUCAAUGCGCCAUGCGUUCCCAAGACGUGGAACAUCUCCGAUGACCUUGGACAGAUUGAGUAUAUCUUUUCGGACAAAACAGGCACCCUCACUCAGAACGUCAUGGAGUUCCAGAAGUGCUCUGUGCGUGGGGUGACUUACGGAGAAGGUGUCACUGAGGCACAGCGAGGGGCCGCGAAACGGGAAGGUAAGACCGAAAUCAUGGAUCCAGCGGAGCAAGAUCGGGAGCUGCGUUUCCUAAAGGAGAACAUGUUAACGAAAUUGUCGCGAGCGUUCAAGAACCGCUAUAUUCAGCCUGAAAAGUUGACACUAGUUUCGCCCAAACUGGCAGACGACCUGGCGAACAAGGCCUCUGAACAACGAGGCCAUUUGAUUGCGUUUUUUCGCGCACUUGCUGUCUGCCAUAGUGUCUUGUCAGAUCGGCCCGAACCCCAGGAGCAGCCUUAUCACUUGGAGUACAAGGCAGAAUCCCCCGAUGAAGCUGCACUGGUUGCUGCCGCUCGCGAUGUUGGGUUUCCAUUUGUUCAGAAGUCGCGCGAAGGCAUUGACAUCGAGGUGAUGGGCCAGCCAGAGAGGUACACUCUAUUGCAGUCUCUCGAGUUCGAUAGUACUCGAAAGCGCAUGAGUGUCAUCGUGCGUAACCCACAAGGCCAGCUCGUUUUGUACUGCAAAGGCGCCGACAGCGUUGUUUAUCAACGACUUGCCCCCGACCAUGAUCCACAGCUCAAGGAAAAGACAUCGCAGGAUAUGGAGCUUUUUGCGAAUGGUGGCUUGCGCACACUCUGUAUCGCCUACCGGUAUUUGGAUGAACAGGAAUAUGCGGACUGGCAGAAGCUGUAUGACGAAGCUACCAGUUCUGUGGAUGAACGUGAUGCAGCUAUCGAACAGGCCAACGACCAAAUUGAGCAUUCCUUGACCAUUUUGGGAGCUACCGCUCUGGAAGACAAACUACAGGAGGGUGUCCCGGACGCUAUUGAAACUCUACAUAAAGCCGGCAUCAAGCUUUGGAUUUUGACUGGCGAUAAGAUUCAGACUGCGAUUGAGAUCGGUUUCAGCUGCAACUUGCUUAAGGAUGACAUGGACGUCAUGAUUCUAUCUGCCGAAACGAUUGCUUCUGCUCAGACCCAGAUUGAGGGUGGCCUGAACAAAAUCGCGUCCACCUUGGGUCCAAUCUCAUUUGACCCGAAGAGGCGUGGUUUUGUCUCUGGUGCCCAAGCAGCGUUCGCUGUCGUAAUCGACGGUGAUACUUUGCGUCAUGCCCUUUCUCCUGAGCUGAAGCCCCUCUUUCUUAACCUGGCGACUCAAUGCGAGACAGUAGUCUGUUGCCGGGUUUCUCCAGCACAGAAGGCUCUCGUUGUGAAAUUGGUUAAGGAAGGCCGGAAUGCCAUGACUCUCGCAAUUGGAGAUGGGGCGAAUGAUGUGGCUAUGAUACAGGAAGCAAACAUCGGCUGUGGUCUAUUGGGACAUGAAGGAUCACAAGCUGCAAUGUCCGCUGAUUAUGCUUUCGGUCAAUUCCGCUACUUGACAAAGUUGUUGAUUGUGCACGGUCGUUGGUCAUAUCAGAGAGUGGCUGAUAUGCACAGUAACUUCUUCUACAAGAACGUUGUCUGGACAUUCGCCAACUUCUGGUUUAUGAUCUAUAAUAGCUUCGAUGCUACAUACUUGUAUCAGUACACCUUUAUCCUCCUCUGUAAUGUGGUCUUCACAUCAUUGCCGGUUAUAGCCCUUGGAGCAUUUGAUCAAGAUAUCAACGCAAAGGCUGCAUUGGCAUUUCCCCAGCUUUACAUUCGGGGAAUUCGUGGACUCGAAUAUACUCGCUUGAAGUUCUGGCUUUACAUGCUAGACGGGUUAUACCAAUCCAUCGUGAUCUUCUACAUCCCAUAUUUCGUCUGGACAUUAGGUGUAGCGGCGUCGUGGAACGGGAGGGCGAUAGAUUCGCUAUCUGACUUUGGAACUACAGUUGCAGUUGCAGCGAUCUUCGCUGCAAACACCUACGUAGGCCUCAACACACGCUAUUGGACCAUCAUCACUUGGAUCAUAGUGAUUGGGUCUUCUGUUGUCAUGAUGUUGUGGAUCACUAUCUAUUCCUUCUUCACGACACCGAACUUUAAUGAUGAAGUGAUCAUUCUGUUCGGUGAGGUUUCCUUCUGGGCCACCGUGCUGAUAUCUGUUGUUAUAGCAUUGAGCCCACGGUUCUUAGUGAAAUUCCUCAAAAGUACUUAUAUGCCCCUCGACAAGGACAUCGUCCGCGAGAUGUGGGUCCUGGGCGACCUCAAAGAUCGCUUAGGAAUACAGCACAGACGGGAGAAAAAGCAGACUAAACUUGAUCUGGAGAAGACGCCAAUGUUCCAUCAGCCUCAUUGCCGCUCCGAAUCUGAAGCCUCCAGCGUUCAAGUUGUGAUGGAGCCGGUUGGACGCGAGGAGAGUGCAGAUCGCUUAUCCCCGCCGACGACAACAGGAAAUUCGUUGUUCAUCGAACCGUCCUAUGAAGUACGGCGGCGUGAUUUGUCUACCCUGACAGCUUCGGGACCAAACCACCCUUCUCCCGAUGAUGUGCGACAUUCAUACUACUCCGCCUCAGACAUACCAGCACCCUCACCUACCCCUCCUCUGACGAGAUCAGCCUACCGCAUGCAGAAUCAGCCACCAAUGACAUCUGUCUCCACCGAACCUGUCUCCGCCCAGUCACAAGCACUGCCGCCGCAGCAGAAUAUCCAAGACGAAGCGCAUGCAGAGUCCUAUGAGAUGCACGUACGCGGUCCUUCGGGCGAGUGGCAGGAACCUUCGCAUCAACCGCUUCCUAACCCAUGGCACGGGGCUGCUUCCGUUGUUCCCGCGUCUAAUACCCACCCAUUAGACGAGGAUGAGACAUUACGUCCUUCAGAGGAGCCUGCGCCCGCUGAUUUUGCAUUUGAAGCCAUGUAG